AGCUUUCAGUCGGUUUCAGAACUUGCGACGUGAACGAUCACGGAAAUUUUUUCCCAAAAAAAAACGCUGUUGAUAUUCGCGCAACAUAAACGAACGUAAUUUAACAACAAAUUAUUUUAAUGAUAAAAUAAUUUCUAAAAUAAAAGUUUUUUUUCUAUGAUUUCAUUAAUUUAUUUUUAUUUUUCUUAUGAUUGUGGUUAACGUGAUUGUUGUGUUUGAGGAAUCGAACUGUUUGAUAAUAAAAAUUGUUUAAAAAUAAAAAUAAAGAAAAAAGGGGCAAGAUGGAUGAGGAAGAGAAUAAAUCAAAAAGAAAAAUCUUAUCAUUUCUUUGUGGUAAAACGGGGCUGUUAUUCCUCGUAAUUUUGUACACAUUGUUCGGUGCCCUCGUCUUUAAGGCUUUGGAGGGUGGAACGGAGUCGGGAAUCCCGCAGGAUCUCCAACGGAGUCGAGAGGAUUGCCUGCGAGAACUGUGGCUUAUUACAGAACGUUUGAACGUACUCUACGAGAAAAACUGGACGAAAUUGGUUACAGAGCAGCUAAAGCGAUUUGAAAAGGUUGUCGUUGAAUCGGGGAAUUCCCCCGUUUCGAAACGGGUCGAGGAUCAUUGGACUUUUGGUGGGGCUCUUUUAUACACAUUAACUUUAUUAACCACAGUGGGAUAUGGAAAAUUGUCCCCAAAAACGACUUUGGGGAAAAUCAUCGCGAUGAUCUACGCGCUAAUAGGCGUCCCUUUAAUGCUGGUUCUUUUAUCGUUAUUAGGCUCAAUGUUAGCCAACGGUGCCAAAAUAGCUUACUCAAAAAUUAGAUGUAAAGAUAAAACCAAUAAACAGGUUAAUACAGUUGUGGGGUUUCAUAAAGCGUCCUCAGGAAGUGGCAAAAAUAAAAACGAAGAUUGUUCAAUUCAAAUUUUACCCCACAACAAUCAAAAUAGUGUCAAUUAUAAGACGCAAGAGUAUCACAUAGAUCAUUUAGAUGUUCCCAAAAAAGCAAUCUUGGCCACCGUUAGAGCCAGCCAUGCAAGAGGAAGAUGUCGACAGGGUCAAGUAAGGCAAAUGUUGGCUGACCCACAUUUCUGUCCUUCAACGCAUCACGGAACUACUUCCAGAUCGAUUACUGGCUCUCUUACUUCGGAUGUAGAAGAAACCGAGGAAAAUGAAGAUAGUGAACAUGGGGUUUGUAUACCUGAUACACCAUCAAGAGUUCCUUUAAUUUGUCGACCAAGCGAUUCGUCGAUUCCAAUUCAAUCAACAUCAUUACAACCAUCCCACCAACAAGAACCACCGCCACCAGUGCCUGCAGUUUUAGUCCUAGCAUUUUUCUCGUCAUACGUGUGUCUCGGCGCGUCAGUCUUCGCAACGGUUCGCGGAUGGAACUUCUUGGACGCCGCGUAUUUUUGUUUCGCGGCUCUCUCCACAAUCGGUGUAUUCGACGCGUUACCAAACUCGCCCGAUAUACAAGCUCAAUUACAAUUGAUCGCGUGCUGUUUGUACCUAUUUUUGGGGUUAAUCGUCGUUGCGAUGUGUUUCACCCUCGUUCAAGACGAAGUGACGUAUCGGUGUAGAAGAUUGGCGAAGGGGCUCGGAUUUGGAUGAGAGGGAUUUUUUGUGAUGUAAUUUUAAAGAAAGAAUUGCGUCGAGGGAAAUGUGUUUUUAAGAUGAUGUAAUAAAAAUCAAACAGAUUU